CACACCUCACUGCGCAGCAUCCCCACCGGGAGGGGCUGCGCCCGGCGGGCUGAGCCCACCAGUAUCCCAGUCUGGGGACGGCCCGCCGCUCUCCAUGGUACUGCGGAGAGCUCAGCUCCGCCCUUCUCUUUCAGAAGGACAGCACCCAACGUCACGUAACCCAGCCUUCUCGGGCUCCGCGACCGCCUCCUCCUUCCCAGCUCUUUCCCUCUCCUCCUCCUUCUGCUCCCCUCCUUUGCCUGUUCUCCCCUCCCGCACUCCUGGAGAUAGACGCUCAAGCCUGACGCCUCUCUAAAGGCAGCAGCAGUCGCCUUAUCCACAGACCUCAGGAAAUUCGCUUUGACCGUUGCAUGCCUCAAGCUCUGGCUCGAGCUAAGGGGGAAUAACCGGGCAGAUUUCUGGGUCCUUAUAAAAAGACAAAAUAAAACCAAAACGCAUCACCAACACACGACCAAUUGAUAACACUGGCUUGUUAGCUUGGCCUUGCAGAGACGGAGAGGAGAGAAGAGGAGCUGGUGUAUUUUCCACCUCUAACAGCUUCUGGCUAUUUCAUAGCUUCUGUGUUUGAACCCUACUGUUGAGGAGGGAAAAAAAGAAGUAAAACCCUGCCCCUGAGGCUAUGUGCAAGGAAUUCUGCUUUGGCUACAGUGGUACUGGAAGUCUAUGAUAAUGGCAGAAGACGCAGGCCUUUGAAGCUACUCGGGUUGAUAAGUGGUGCCUUAUUGGUUUGGACACUGCAUCUGGAGGAGAAACACCUGAGGUGUUACCAAGCAUUCAAGGAUCCUGGUUCUUUGCCGGCAUCUUACUUCCCUGGAAAGUGUUUGCUUUUUACCUGACUCUAACCAUUUCCCUUUUGCCUGGUACCACUGCUGAUACCUGGCAGACGAUGGUAUUUGAAGAGUGAAGUAUCUGCCGACCCCACCGAUGCCCUUGGACUAGUUCACCGGACUCAAAUGGAUGUGCGAUUUCCCUUGAUUUUCUGUUGACACCUUUUUCCAGAACGUUGCUUCCAAAGUGUAUCCUCCCUUUGGUCUAGAAGUUCUGUGGCUGCCCUGUGCUGCUGGGGUCUACAUUUCCCAGUUGGGAGGGGACUAUAGGGAGAGAGGGAGGGGUUGCUGGAAGAAGAAGAAAAAAAAAAGAGCUAGAUAAAGGAGGGGACAUCCCUCCCACUCCGGCCUGUCCCCUUACCCGACUUCUUUCCGGACCCCGAUUUCUGCAUCACGGUGUCCAAGAUCAUUUUGACCCUGUCGGCCCCGGCACCCCCCCGCCGCACCCCAGCCCCGAGCAUGGGGACGGCGCUUCUCCAGCGCGGGGGCUGCUUUCUCCUGUGCCUCUCGCUGCUGCUCCUGGGCUGCUGGGCGGAGCUGGGCAGCGGGCUGGAGUUCCCGGGUGCUGAGGGCCAGUGGACGCGCUUCCCCAAGUGGAACGCCUGCUGCGAGAGCGAGAUGAGCUUCCAGCUGAAGACGCGCAGCGCCCGGGGCCUAGUGCUCUACUUCGACGACGAGGGCUUCUGCGACUUCCUGGAGCUCAUUCUAACGCGCGGCGGCCGCCUGCAGCUCAGCUUCUCCAUCUUCUGCGCCGAGCCCGCCACGCUCCUGACGGACACGCCGGUCAACGACGGCUCGUGGCACAACGUGCGGAUCCGCCGGCAGUUCCGCAACACCACGCUCUUCAUCGACCAGGUGGAGGCCAAGUGGGUGGAGGUCAAGUCCAAGCGCCGGGACAUGACGGUGUUCAGCGGCCUUUUCGUCGGGGGGCUUCCCCCGGAACUGCGCGCCGCGGCGCUCAAGCUCACGCUGGCCUCCGUGCGGGAGCGAGAGCCCUUCAAAGGCUGGAUCCGCGACGUGCGGGUCAACUCCUCUCUGGCCCUGCCCGUGGACAGCGGCGAGGUCAAGCUGGACGACGAGCCGCCCAACAGCGGCGGCGGGAGCCCGUGCGAAGCAGGCGAGGAGGGCGAGGGCGGGGUGUGCCUCAACGGGGGCGUGUGUUCCGUAGUGGACGACCAGGCGGUGUGCGACUGCUCGCGAACCGGCUUCCGUGGCAAGGACUGCAGCCAAGAAGACAACAAUGUGGAAGGUCUGGCGCACCUGAUGAUGGGCGACCAAGGUAAAAGUAAAGGAAAAGAAGAAUAUAUUGCCACUUUCAAGGGAUCGGAAUACUUCUGCUACGACUUGUCUCAAAACCCCAUUCAAAGCAGCAGCGAUGAAAUAACUCUGUCCUUUAAAACCCUUCAGAGGAAUGGACUGAUGCUUCACACCGGGAAAUCAGCCGAUUAUGUCAAUCUCGCCCUGAAAAAUGGAGCUGUCUCUCUGGUCAUUAAUUUGGGAUCAGGGGCCUUUGAAGCACUAGUGGAGCCCGUGAAUGGAAAGUUUAAUGAUAAUGCCUGGCAUGAUGUGAAAGUCACCAGGAAUCUGCGUCAGCACUCAGGCAUUGGACACGCUAUGGUGACAAUAUCAGUGGAUGGGAUUCUUACCACAACGGGCUACACGCAAGAAGAUUAUACCAUGCUGGGGUCUGAUGACUUUUUCUAUGUUGGAGGCAGUCCCAGCACAGCAGACCUUCCAGGGUCACCAGUCAGUAACAACUUUAUGGGUUGUCUCAAAGAGGUUGUGUAUAAAAAUAAUGAUGUAAGGCUGGAAUUAUCUCGACUUGCCAAGCAAGGUGACCCAAAGAUGAAGAUCCAUGGAGUGGUGGCAUUUAAAUGUGAGAAUGUUGCAACUUUGGACCCAAUCACCUUUGAAACCCCAGAAUCCUUCAUCUCUUUGCCUAAAUGGAAUGCAAAGAAAACAGGCUCCAUAUCCUUUGAUUUCCGUACAACGGAGCCAAAUGGCCUCAUCUUAUUUAGUCACGGCAAGCCACGACACCAAAAAGAUGCCAAGCACCCACAGAUGAUAAAGGUAGACUUCUUUGCUAUUGAGAUGCUGGAUGGCCACCUCUACCUCCUCCUGGACAUGGGGUCAGGUACAAUCAAAAUCAAAGCCCUGCAGAAGAAGGUGAAUGAUGGAGAAUGGUAUCAUGUGGACUUCCAGAGAGACGGACGGUCAGGUACCAUUUCUGUCAACACACUGCGCACGCCUUACACCGCUCCUGGCGAGAGUGAGAUUCUGGACCUGGAUGAUGAGUUGUACCUGGGGGGCUUGCCAGAAAAUAAGGCUGGCCUCGUCUUCCCCACCGAGGUGUGGACUGCGCUGCUCAACUACGGCUACGUGGGCUGCAUACGAGAUCUGUUCAUUGAUGGCCAGAGCAAAGAUAUCCGGCAAAUGGCUGAAGUUCAAAGUACUGCUGGCGUGAAGCCCUCCUGCUCAAGAGAAACAGCAAAACCGUGCCUUAGCAACCCCUGCAAAAACAACGGCAUGUGCAGGGAUGGGUGGAACAGAUAUGUCUGCGAUUGUUCCGGAACAGGCUAUCUUGGCAGGUCCUGUGAGAGAGAAGCAACGGUUCUGAGCUAUGAUGGGAGCAUGUUUAUGAAAAUCCAGCUCCCGGUGGUGAUGCACACGGAGGCUGAGGAUGUGUCCUUACGGUUUCGAUCCCAGCGUGCAUAUGGCGUUCUCAUGGCAACCACCUCCAGAGACUCAGCAGACACCCUCCGCCUGGAGCUGGACGCAGGGCGUGUGAAACUGACGGUCAACCUAGAUUGUAUCAGGAUUAACUGUAAUUCCAGCAAAGGUCCCGAGACCCUUUUUGCUGGCUAUAACCUCAAUGAUAACGAAUGGCACACAGUGCGUGUAGUUCGUCGAGGAAAAAGUUUAAAGUUAACGGUGGAUGACCAGCAGGCCAUGACAGGUCAAAUGGCAGGAGAUCAUACAAGGCUGGAGUUCCAUAAUAUAGAGACUGGCAUCAUCACGGAACGCCGGUAUCUGUCUUCUGUUCCCUCCAACUUCAUUGGACACCUGCAGAGCCUGACAUUUAAUGGAAUGGCAUACAUUGACUUGUGCAAAAAUGGCGACAUAGAUUAUUGUGAGCUCAACGCCAGGUUUGGCUUCAGGAACAUCAUAGCAGACCCUGUCACCUUUAAGACCAAAUCAAGCUAUGUUGCCUUAGCUACAUUGCAAGCCUACACGUCUAUGCAUCUUUUUUUCCAGUUCAAGACAACAUCCCUAGAUGGACUAAUUCUGUAUAACAGUGGGGAUGGAAAUGACUUUAUUGUGGUUGAGUUAGUUAAAGGGUACUUACAUUAUGUGUUUGAUUUGGGAAAUGGUGCUAACCUCAUCAAAGGGAGCUCAAAUAAACCUCUUAAUGACAAUCAGUGGCACAACGUGAUGAUAUCAAGGGACACCAGCAACCUCCACACUGUAAAGAUCGACACGAAAAUCACAACGCAAAUCACGGCAGGAGCCAGGAACUUGGAUCUUAAGAGUGACUUGUAUAUAGGAGGAGUGGCCAAAGAAACAUACAAAUCAUUGCCAAAGCUCGUCCAUGCCAAGGAGGGCUUUCAAGGGUGCCUGGCAUCGGUUGAUCUAAAUGGGCGGCUUCCAGACCUCAUCUCAGAUGCUCUUUUCUGCAAUGGACAGAUUGAGAGAGGAUGUGAAGUUGCAUUGAUGAAAGCUGACUUGCAAGGGCCUAGCACAACCUGCCAGGAAGACUCGUGUUCCAACCAAGGUGUGUGCUUGCAGCAGUGGGAUGGCUUCAGCUGUGACUGUAGCAUGACUUCCUUCAGCGGACCGCUCUGCAAUGACCCUGGGACAACGUAUAUCUUUAGCAAAGGUGGUGGACAAAUCACGUAUAAGUGGCCUCCUAAUGACCGGCCAAGUACGCGAGCAGACAGACUGGCCAUAGGGUUUAGUACUGUUCAGAAAGAAGCUGUAUUGGUGCGAGUGGACAGUUCUUCUGGCCUGGGUGACUACCUAGAGCUGCAUAUACAUCAAGGAAAAAUUGGAGUUAAAUUCAAUGUUGGGACAGAUGACAUCGCCAUUGAAGAGUCCAAUGCAAUCAUUAACGAUGGGAAAUACCAUGUAGUCCGUUUCACGAGAAGUGGCGGCAAUGCCACGUUGCAGGUGGACAGCUGGCCGGUGAUUGAGCGCUACCCUGCAGGAAACAAUGAUAACGAGCGCCUGGCGAUUGCUAGACAGCGAAUUCCAUAUCGACUUGGUCGAGUAGUUGAUGAAUGGCUACUCGACAAAGGGCGUCAGCUCACAAUCUUCAAUAGCCAAGCAACCAUAAUAAUUGGCGGGAAAGAGCAGGGCCAGCCCUUCCAGGGCCAGCUCUCUGGGCUUUACUACAAUGGCUUGAAAGUUCUGAAUAUGGCAGCCGAAAAUGAUGCCAACAUCGCCAUAGUGGGAAAUGUGAGACUGGUUGGUGAAGUGCCUUCCUCUAUGACAACUGAGUCGACAGCCACUGCCAUGCAGUCAGAGAUGUCCACGUCAAUUAUGGAGACCACCACGACCCUGGCUACUAGCACAGCCAGAAGAGGAAAGCCCCCUACCAAAGAACCCGUUAGCCAGACCACAGAUGACAUCCUUGUGGCCUCAGCAGAAUGUCCCAGUGACGAUGAGGACAUUGACCCCUGUGAGCCGAGCUCAGGUGGGUUAGCCAACCCAACACGGGCAGGCGGGAGAGAGCCGUACCCAGGCUCAGCGGAAGUGAUUCGGGAGUCCAGCAGCACCACGGGCAUGGUCGUGGGGAUCGUGGCCGCUGCCGCCCUAUGCAUCCUCAUCCUUCUCUAUGCUAUGUACAAGUACAGAAACCGGGAUGAAGGCUCGUACCACGUGGACGAGAGUCGAAACUACAUCAGUAACUCAGCACAGUCCAAUGGGGCUGUUGUAAAGGAGAAACAACCCAGCAGUGCGAAAAGCGCCAACAAAAACAAGAAGAACAAGGAUAAGGAGUAUUACGUCUGAGCCCAAGAUCUGAAAAAGGACCCUUGUAUAGAAAUAGUCUUCAUUUUAUCCGAGACAUAAUAUAAACUUAUUUACUUUCCUUUUUAUGAAGCACAUACAAAAGAAGACAGGGAAUGCAAUCAGGAAGGAAAGACAGUUUUUAAAAAAUAAAAACAAGUAUCUCAUGCUCUUGUUUCUCCAAAAAAGAAAAAAAAAAAAAAAAAAACAGGGGCCAAUAAAUUCCUUAACAUCCACAGUGUUUUAAUUUACUCUGCCUGUCUUUAUGUUGCUGGAACAUUUCUAAGAGACAGUGAUGACCACAUGCAUUCAUAAAGCAAAGGAGUAUUACAUCAUCGGGAGGCACAACACAAAAACAACACAAAACACAACACAGAAGAAGCUACCUAGGAUCCCAGAUUUAGCCAAAGUGCUAGCGCUUUCCUGAGAAACCAGUUAGUCUGAUGGCCAGAGAAGAAUGUCCUUUUGAGUGGCUCCACCUGCAAGCCUUUUCCAAGGUCACCGCCUGGCACAACUGGAACAGUGGCUGACACGAACUUGCACUUGAAAAAAAGUGCUGACUUUUCUGAAGACUUGUGUGGGAACACAUUCAAAAAGCCCCUUUCUGGUUGUGAGGGAAAAAAAAGAAAGUAUGGAGGCCUUAUUUUCAACAAUGUGAAAGAUAAGGCACAUUUUCACACUAAAAUUUCAAAACAGAAACAACAACAACAAAAAAUAAACAAGAAGGUAUAGAUGCAAUCAUUGGGAAAUUUUCAUGCACGCUUAAUAUGUUAUUACAUAUGUUUAUAUAAAAUCCAUCUCUGUGUGCUUUCUGGACUGUGAUAAGUGAUGUUUUAUAGCCUGUUGUAUAGAAAAUGCAAACUAUAUCUCUGCUCUUCAGCCCUUUUUGGUAAAUUCAAUGUUAUAAGUGUUGCUAACUAUAGGGAGUUUUAUGACAUCAGAUCAGCAAUUAUUUCAGGGUUUUUUUUUUUUGCCACCAUUAUAAAUUACCACAAUUACUUACAUUUUUUAAAAUUACAAUGUAAUGUUUAUUCUAAGGAAGAUAUGUAUGAAUGUAUAUAAAAAGACUCAGCUACUUUUUUUUUUCCUUUACAUGUACAGCCUUUAUUCUGUUGCAGUUAAAUUUUAGUAUUUGUAUGAAAGGUGUGGAUUAGAAGGCAAACUAUAUACAUAUGUAUCCUAUAAUCUUUACUCCCCCAAAUACUCACAUUUCCCACAUACAUUCCCAUUCAUGAUCACAGAUAUGUGCGUGCCUGUGCACACACACACACACACACAAACACACACACAAAUACAAAUCCAGAGGAAUCCAUCAGAUAGGAUGGAAGACCCAAACAUACAUGUAAUAGAAAAUACUUACUGACAAAUUGAAAAGCAGGAAGGAGGAUAGUUGUGCCAAGAUAUUGAUGACAAACGGGGUGAUUUGCUUCACUGAGAUAUGCUCCCGGGAAACUUCCAGAAGAUUUUAGUCCCUAAAGAAAUGGAACCUUUUCUUAUCAAGUAAACUAUCACUGGUAUAUUGCUGCAUGAAUAUGAACCAUUAAGUGGGCAGGUUGCAGAAGCAAAAUUGAUUGAUCUAUACCUUAACCCUGGCUGCUACAAUUGAAAACUUUGUUUCCAAUAAAAUUAUAUAUAUAGUCUCUAAACCUGAUGUGCAUGAUAAACAUUUUUGGAAAGUAAACACUUUCUCAACUAAAAAAGUAUUUUCAGUAAUUUUUGAUUCUAUAUUACUGUCCAUUUAAGAAAAUCAUUAUCUGUUGAUUAUUGACUAUAAUUUAACUUUUCUGGUUUUACAUAUAUAUCAUUAAAUAUAGCUUUAGUUUAACACAUUAAGUAGUGGAAACAUAUAGAUUAUAUGCUUGUUUUGCCUAUGGUUUCAAUGAUGUUCAUAGCAAUAAAUUAUUAGUCUGAGAAGGCAAUGCAAAGGAGAUGCAAUAUUAGAUUGGAAGGUGAUGUCUCAGUAAAAAUUGGUUGCAUUACUUUAACAUCUCCUAAAAGAAUAUUAGAUUUUAUAGAAGAGAAGAAUAAUUUUACAAUUUGCUUUAAUCAGAAAAGGCAAAAAAAUGCAAAACAUCUUUUGUGAUGCUUCAGUUGAUGAAAAAAGCCAAGAAAUGGCCUGGAUUAUAGACAUACAGCACCUUAGAUAUAUGUAUAAUUCAUAGCAAAUCACCACCAUCUAUGGUUGCCAAGUAAUUGUCAUAUAUGAAAAGUCCUAAAGGCUUUUCAUGACCCAGAAAGUAGAGGUAUGAAACUAAAAAUUUAGUAUCAAUUACUUGUGUUUCAGAUUUUCUUCUUUUUUAAUUUGCCAGGUUAAAGAAUUCAUAAAUUUCUUUGUAGUUGCUGUUUUCCUCUCAUCCAGUCUUACUCAGGGAAAGCCAGUGAAACAGAAGGUAAAUAUAAAACCACUCAUUUACAUCUUGAGGUUUGAAAGAAACAGUUGCUUUUCCAUUUGAUCUGAACUUGAACUAGUUUCCAUCCAGAAAGAUUCUAAAUUGUGAUUGAAAAUAACUAAAAUAAUGGUAUUUUAAAGCAGUAUAUCUCUGAAGCAUGUUGUUUGAAAUUGAUUUCAGUGUUUAUUUCCAGCAUAAAUUUUAAAAUUUUAUGCAAUAUUGUUGGUAAAAAUAUUUCCAAUGUAAUGGCCUACACGAAAUCUAGCAAUUUUUUUUCUUGUUUUCUUCUUUCUUUGUGAAUGGACAAAGAAAAGAGAAGAACACAAGCUAGGGAGAGAAAAGGCAUGAAUGAAAUCCCAAGUAUCUUCAUACCAAAUGUAUCAGGGUUCCAUGUGUAGUUGGCAGUUAAUAGAGGAUUUCACACUACCUGGCAUAAAUUUGAUUACAUCUCUAGACUGUAACUUUUCUGAUUGAGUAUGCUUCUUUUUUAAUCCAUGUUAUGUGUUGCCUUUUUUUAAAAAACAAAAAACAAAUACUACAAUAAUGUGUGAGGUGGUUAAUCCCUAAGACAUCAAAGAAAGGCCACAUGACCCUACCCUUCUAGUGCUUUGUGUGAUUGGGUAUCUAAGGGUUUUGUUUUGUUUUGUUUUUCUGUUGCAAGGCCAACUUAUCCAUUAUUGGAAAUGCUAAGCAAGUGGAAUUUACUGUUUUGUUAAUAAAAUAUUUCUUAAUACAA